CCAAACAGUCAAUGGGGAUCACAAUGCCUUUGGGACGAUAAAAAGCGUUUAAAUUGGAGUAAAGUCAACUGUGUGAAAUUUAGUGUACUGAAGUGCUUAACUCAGUAAGUUGUGUAGCAAGCAGGCACACUACCGUAACAUACACACAGUGAUUGUACAUACAGUCCUAGAUAUACAUACUCUUAGUUUUAAGUACAAUUUUACGCUAAUGUUAAGAUCGUGCUUACGGACACUACUUUGUGCGUCCCGUUCGCACGAUCAGCAACUGACACACCAAUACAUACAUGUAAUAGGCUAAGAAGGAACGGAACGAAGAAAUAAAGAACACUUCGUUUGUGACAAGAAGAGAGAACGGCCGCAUUUGAAUCGCCUCCUACAAAUUCAGAAGUGGGAUUACUGUGAAUUUUUUUUUUCACAAAAAACUCAACCUACGAAGCAAAGUAAAAACAAUAUCUUUAAAUAUAAUCAAAUGGAAACCAUCGGUGCGGACGAUUAUACAGCAGCAGAACUGCGCAAUUGGUGUGAAAAGCUCAGCAUGCAGAAAAGCGGUAACAAGGCCACGCUUGCGGCGCGAUUGAACGGUGUGCCCCCAGAAGCCCGAGGAGUUUGCCCGGUGAUUGGCGAAUUAGAAGGCGAAAUCGCUAACAAUGAUUUGGAGCACGAAAUCGUCGGAGAGUCAGCACCAGAGGUCGACAUGGAAAGCCCAAGGAGCAUGAUCGAGGACGCCGCCGCUGGAGUGGUGCCGCCAAGCAGCGAACACUGCACCAAUGCUGAAAGCAUGAAUGUUCAUGACGACGCCAGGCCCUCAACAUCUACCAAUCAUCGCGAUUCGGAGUUGGCACGCGAGGAACAUUUUCCAGAAGUUUCUACGCAGUUCGACGCCAUGCAGCGUCAACUAAGGCUGCUCCAAUUGGAAAACGAAAUGUUGAAAUUGGAAUCUGCUCGACGCCAUAACGCUGCCACAUCGGAUCAAAACAGCGCUGCCACAUCGGAUCAAAACAGCGCUGCCACAUCGGGUCAUAACAAGGCUACCCCACUAAUUCGAAGCAGUGUUGCCAAACCAAAUCAACACAAGGAUGCCACUCAAGAUCAAGAAGUCGCUGGCGGAGAUGCCAGAUCGGAGGAAGCAUUUGUAAAUAAACAAACAUUGCUAGCAAUGGCCAAGGAAAUGAUUCCGAUAUUCGACGGUGCUUCUAACAACAAACUCAAUGUUACCACAUGGGUCGCCCAGCUCAACGCGGUCUCAAAAAUGUUUAAACUAAGCGACGAUGUAAUUCGCAUGCUAGUGAUGUCCAAAUUGAAGGACCAUGCUCAAAUUUGGUUGCACUCUUCGGAACGUUUGCUGACUUUGCCGGUUCAAGAACUUCUAUUUCAACUUGGUGAAGCUUUCCACGGUAAGGAGAGCAAAAUAAUAUCUCGACGCAAGUUUCAAGAGCGCAAGUGGAAACCGUCGGAAGAUUUCUCCACAUACUUCAAAGAAAAAACGCUGUUGGCUACACAGAUUCGAAUAGACGAUGAGGAGCUAAUCGACAACAUCAUUGAAGGGAUUCCCGACUCCCUUCUACGACAACAGGCACACAUGCACUGUUUUAAUUCGUCUGCGCAGAUGUUGCACGCAUUUGCCAAGGUCUCGUUACGUAAACCGCUACUUUCUCCGGCUGGACGUGUUAAGGUUUCGUUCGAUAAGGAACCUGGUUCGGCGCCUCCAAAAAGGUGCUUCAAUUGCAAUGCUGUUGGGCAUUUCGCCGCCGACUGCCGCAAGCCCAAGCGCGAGUAUGGAGCCUGCUACGCAUGUGGCAGUAAGGAUCAUCUGGUGUACAACUGCACUGAGAGGAAGUUCGUAUCCGACAACGAAUAUAAUGCCUAAUCGAUUCUGGAAGUCCAAUUAGUUUCAUAAAGAAGUCAUACGUCGAAAAAAUUUUGAAAAAGGAAGAUAUUACGUUAAAUGGAAAGAUUCUUAAAAAUUAUUUUGGCUUAAACGGUAGCCCUUUAGAUAUAAUUGGAAAAAUAUCAUGUUUCGUUAUUAUCAAUAAAGAAAUUCUAAAUUUUGAGUUACUAAUUGUGACAGACAGAUCGAUGGCAUAUGGAACAGUUUUGGGAAGAGAUUUUAUGAAAAUUAGUAAUUUUAAGAUUGUUAGGGAAAAAGAUAGUUCAAAUGAUAGACAUUGCGAAAAUGAUUGUUUAAAUGAUAGAAACUUUGAAAAUUUUAUUGCAAAUGAUAGACAUUGUGAAAAUGAUCGUUCAAAUGAUAGAAAUGUUGAAAAUUUUAUUGCAAACGAUAGAUAUUGUGAAAAUUAUGAUUCAAAUUCCGGAAAUGCUGUUUUAAAUAAUGAAAAUUCUGAAGAUAAUGGUUUAAAUGAUAGAAAAUCUGAAAAUGACGUGGCUAAUGUCAAAAAUUAUGGAAAUAAGUGUUCAAUUAAUAUAAAUAAUGGAAAUGAGAGCAAAACAAGUAGUCCUUAUGACGGAUUAGAAAUACUAUCAAUUGAAUACCCCGAUCCAAUAGAAUGCAGUCAGUUAAAUAUUAACGAGAAGUGUGAAUCGAAUCUAAGAAACAGAUUAAUAGACGUAUUUGAUAAACUUUAUGUGAAUGCGAAACGUCCAGAAAUCCCAGCAGUAAAAUGGGAAAUGAAACUUAAUUUUGACAACACAAAACCAUUCAAUUAUCCUCCAAGGCGAUUAUCAUAUGCAGAAAAAAGUCAAGUUCAGAAUUUAUUAGACGAUUACUUAAAAGACGGGAUUAUACGUGCAAGCGAGUCAGAAUAUGCAUCACCAAUUGUUCUAGUUAAGAAAAAGUCAGGAGAAUUAAGAAUGUGCGUUGACUAUCGAACUCUCAACAAAAACAUGCUAAAAGACAACUACCCUACUCCAUUGAUAGACGACCUUAUUGAUAAACUUUCUGAAAAAGUUAUUUUCACCAAAUUAGAUCUUAGAAACGGGUUCUUUCACGUGCAUAUGCACGAGGACUCAAUUAAAUACACCGCGUUCACUACACCUAUGGGACAGUACGAAUGGCUCAGAAUGCCGUUCGGCUUACGAAAUGCCCCCGCAGUUUUUCAGAGAUUUGUAAAUAGAAUUUUCGCAGAUUUGGUGAAAGAGGACAAGGUCCUCAUUUACAUGGACGAUAUUUUGAUAGCAACAAAAGAUAGUAAAAGCCAUAUAGAAAUACUAACAGAAGUGUUUAAGCGAUUAGUAGAUAACAAACUGGAAUUAAGAAUAGACAAAUGCGAAUUCCUUCAAAGUGAAAUAAAGUACUUAGGAUAUGUAAUAUCAGGUGAUGGUAUUAAACCAGAUUCAAAAGGCAUGCAAGCAGUAAGAGAUUUUCCAAUGCCGACAAAAACUCAUGAAGUUCAGAGUUUUCUGGGGUUGUGCUCCUACUUUAGACGAUUUGUAAAAGAUUUUUCAACAAAGGCAAAACCUUUAUACGAUCUUGUACGAAAAGAUAGAAAAUUCGAUUUCGGUGCGACAGAGUUAGAUUGUUUCGAAACAUUAAAAAGAAAUCUUCUAGAAGCUCCUAUUUUAGCAUUGUACAGCCCUACAGAUCCAACAGAACUACAUUGCGACGCUAGCGCUUUAGGGUUCGGUUCUAUUCUUAUGCAGAAAAAGAAAGACAAUAAGUUUCAUCCAGUAUUUUACUUUUCAAAACGAACGACUGAUGUUGAAGCAAAGUACCACAGUUUCGAAUUAGAAACCCUCGCGGUGAUUUACUCUUUGCAACGUUUUAGGAUUUAUCUUCAAGGAAUUGAGUUCAAAAUAGUCACAGAUUGUAGUGCUUUUACUCUAGCAUUAAAUAAAAAAGAUUUAAGUCCAAGAAUAGCCAGGUGGGCGCUGUUUCUACAAGAUUAUGAUUACAUCUUAGAACAUAGGUCCGGUAAGCGCAUGCAGCACGUAGAUGCACUAAGUAGAAAUACAAACAUACUAACAAUUGAUUGUAACUCUUUUGAGGAAAAUUUAAUUAUUUGUCAAAGCAGAGACGAGAAGAUCAAAACGAUAGCUAAACAGCUACAACAAUCAGAACUCAAAGGUUACGAAAUGCGUAAUGGAAUAGUUUAUCGAAAGAAGGAUAAGGAAGUUCUCUUAUUCUAUGUACCGAACGAAAUGGAAAGCCACGUGUUGUUUAAUUAUCAUGAUCAAUUAGGACACGUUGGAAUAGACAAAAUGGUAGAAGUUAUUUCAAAAAGCUAUUGGUUUCCCAAAGUUAGAGAGAAAUGCAAGAUACACAUUAGCAAUUGUUUGAAGUGUAUAGCUUAUUCUGAAAAGUCUGGAAAAGAAGAGGGAUUCCUUCACAACAUUCCCAAAGUAAAUAUUCCAUUUGAUGUAGUACAUAUAGACCAUUAUGGUCCUGUUGAUAAAAGUAGGUCGAACAAACACAUAUUAGUGAUUAUAGACGCGUUUACAAAGUUCGUAAGACUAUAUCCUGCAAAAACAACAAAAUCAAAGGAAGCAAUAGUUGCAUUAAAGGACUAUUUUAGGGCUUACAGUAGGCCAAAAUGUAUUAUUUCGGACCGCGGGACAUGUUUUACCUCUGGGGAAUUUCAAGAUUUCUUGAAAGAAAGUGAAAUAAAACACAUAAAGAUAGCUACCGGUUCUCCACAGGCUAAUGGUCAGGUCGAAAGGGUGAACAGAAGCAUAGGUCCCAUUAUAGCUAAGUUAACUGAACCAGACAAAGGACUGCAUUGGGACACUGUUUUAGAAAUGGUCGAAUAUGCGUUAAAUAAUACAAUGCAAAGAUCAAUUAACCAACAUCCAAGUAAAGUUCUGUUUGGAGUAUCUCAAAAAGGCAGAGUUAUAGAUAGUUUAAAAGAAAGGUUAGAAGAAAUAAAUAAAACAAAUAAUGACAUAAAUUUUGAGAAAAUUAGAGAAAAUGCUGGCAAAAACAUCAAUAAAUUGCAAGAAUACAACAAGUUACGAACAGACUCGAAAAGGAAAGAUCCUUAUAAGUAUGAAAAAGAAGAUUUGGUGAUGAUCAAGAAUUUCGACUCGCAUAUAGGCGUAUCCAAAAAAUUAAUCCCCAAGUUCAAAGGUCCAUAUAGAAUAACAAAAGUUUUGCGUAACGAUAGGUAUGUCGUGGAGGACGUUGAAGGUUUUCAACAGUCUAGACUUCCAUACAAGGGAGUUUGGGCAGUAGCAAAUAUGCGCCCAUGGAUAAACAAAAGUAAAAGUUAACAUGUUUGUAGAGAUCAGGAGCUCUCCGGUCAGGAUGGCCGAUUGUAGCAAGCAGGCACACUACCGUAACAUACACACAGUGAUUGUACAUACAGUCCUAGAUAUACAUACUCUUAGUUUUAAGUACAAUUUUACGCUAAUGUUAAGAUCGUGCUUACGGACACUACUUUGUGCGUCCCGUUCGCACGAUCAGCAACUGACACACCAAUACAUACAUGUAAUAGGCUAAGAAGGAACGGAACGAAGAAAUAAAGAACACUUCGUUUGUGACAAGAAGAGAGAA